AACGGCCGUCUCUUUAACAGCUGUGAUAUUGCUCGAAGGUCGUUUUGUUGAAUAAUAAUUAAGAAAUACAAACGAUCUUAUUUAAAUAAUGAACGAAGCCAGCACCAAUAUGGACGCCGUGGCUGCAGAAAAGAAACGCAAGUUCCGCGUGCAAGGCGCUGCCUUUCUGGGUCUGGUUGGCGGCAUAUCUGCGCUCAUUGGAUUUUCACAAACGCUUGGCAAGGCCAAAAAGUCAGACAACAAAGUGUUGCAACAACAAGGAACACGACAAGGUCUUAUUCUGAUGGAUGAGGGCGCCACGCUAGCCAUGCGCGCCCUCGGAUGGGGGACACUUUAUGCUGUCCUGGGUACUGGUGCAUUUUGCUAUGGUUUUUGGAAACUUAGUGGGGCCAAAGAUUUUGAAGAGUUUCGAAUGAAAAUGGGCAACUCACUGCCGCGUAUUACCAAAGAGGAGCAACCCCAAAGCCGCACCGAUUUUGACAGCCUUACUGAUCUGAUGAAAUACUUGGCCACUUGGGCGAAAGAGUAGCUAAUACAAAUUAUUUUAACAUACAUACAUACUUUAUAUGUAAGCAUAGCAUAAGUUAAUGUCCGGAGCCAAUGCUUGCUCACAUCAGUUAGUUGCCCAAAUCAAAAAAAUUUACUAUUUACUUGUUUCAA